AUGUCGCUCUACGAAGUCUGGCAAGCAGCCGCAGGCAGCCCUUUCCAGCCAACGGUUGGCAAAGAAAGCCAGUUGACCGUAGGACUGUUUCUGUUGCUCAUUGGGCUGAUAUUCACUGGACUCUUCGCGUUGAACAAAUCUCCUCUUUCGAUACCUGUCUUCGGACUCCCUGCCUCCCUGGCAUUUGGGUUCGGCGCGGUCUUCGCGAUUUGCGGAUUUGGCGUCUAUGUCUAA